UUCUCAAAACACUAUAUUGGUUUGUGGGCUUCAGAAAAGUUGAGAACUUUUAUUUAAAUUUGUAUGCAGGAGAUCGAUGUUGAGUUGGAGGCUAAAUAGAAGAAAUAUCUUCCCAGACAAAGACAUAAUUAAGAGGUAUAUACAAAGCGUUUUAGUGACUGGCUUUUUGUUAGGAAGUGCAGAAGUUGAUAUUUUCUUCAUAUUCUGCAGUCAUGAAAUGAUGAAACUAAAGACUCAGCUUGCUUCACGAGAAAAUUUUAUGUCAAAUCUGCAAAAGCUCCUGCUAGAAUCGAAAAGAUAAAUUUGCUCCUUUGCACAUGUAAUAAUUUCAAUUAGCUUGGCAAGUCUGAUGUUUGGGAGAAAGUUGUGGCUUCUGGAUCAACUAUUCAAGAAGCAUGUCUAUGGAGUGCGUGCUGGUGGUGAAAAGGUGUACAACGUGUUUCAUAACCAAUUUCUGGUGGCUCUGAAGAGAUUUCAAGUUGACAAGCAGGAACUGGUUCACAAGUCUGCUAAUGAGACAGUUGUACGUUCUCUUCUUCUGUUUAUAAUAUAUAAAAUAUCUCAAACAACUUAUUUUCUUUGGUCAAAUGUUCCCAUUGGCCAUAUUCGCCUCAUAAAUGGGGACAACCUAGACACUCAGACACCCAUGAAUUCAAAAACACUAGGAGGUGUGUUCGUUUACUUGAAGAUACCAACUUUGUUUACUUCUGUGAUAUUUUCAUCUAAAGCAUUGAGGACUGUUAACUUGCGCUGGGUCGAAAAGCUUUUGUUGUUAUCUCAGAUCCGAUUGUUGCAAUGCAUGUCCUCCGAGAAAACGUUUCCUCAUCACAAGUGAAUUCUUGCUGAGAUCAAAGAGCUGGUUAUGAGGAAAGUGUUAGUACCAGUAGACCUUAGAUACUUAGAAGUUAAGAAGCAGAGCUGAAACUCAUGAUUCCCUACAUUGUAUAAUUUUAUCUAGAAGCUAUGGUCAAAAUAUUUAGUGCCUGUUCAGAGGAAAUAAUAAUGAAGUCUAAGAAACUCUUAAGA